UGAAAUAUGAAUGAUUUCCCUAAUCAAAUACCCUCACUCUGAAAGGAAGAAAAGAAAAUAGAUUCCCAAGCUCAGCGUUCAACAAGUAAAGAAUUGCUUUUAAAGCUUAAACCUCUCAAAUACUCACUAUUCAAAUCAAAACCCUUAACAAAAUGCAGAGGCUUCUGUCGCUCAAACUAGCCUCAUCAAAUUUCUGUAAAAGAUUAACUGACAAUACAAAUAAUUCUUCAUUUCUACUUUCUCAGCCUCUCAAAACCUUCACCACCAUUGCAAAAUCAACCCACCAUAACUACAAGCAACAAAAUCGUAUCUUUGGCUUUUCUCAAUUGAACCCAACUUACCAUUUUUAUCCAUGUCGAUCACACCAUAUAUUUUCAGGGAAAGUUCAUGGCUUUCCCUCAAACUCAUUGCUUUCAAAGCAUUUUGUGUCAAAUUUAUCAAAUACCCAUUUAAAGUUGUCCAGCAGAAGGCUAAAAGAUUACAAAUUUGGCAUCUUUAAUGCUCGGUUUUGUAGAGGAUAUAAUGGGCUCAAUUCAAAUUCAGGUUUCUACUGGCGGAAUAGGAGGUCAUGGUUCCAUAGACUAACUGCUAAUGACAUGGUUAUGGGUUUGAUCUUAGCCAAUGUUGCUGUCUUUAUAGCAUGGCAGGUUGCCAAUCAAAAAUUUAUGGUAAACAAUUUCAUGAUUUCAUUGGACAAUGUCAGAAGUGGACGUCUUCACACAAUGAUUACUUCUGCCUUCAGUCAUAUUGAUAUGGGGCACAUUGUAUCUAACAUGAUUGGACUGUACUUUUUUGGGACGAGUAUUGGAACGAAAUUUGGACCUCAAUACUUGCUAUAUUUGUAUUUAGCUGGGGCAACUGGUGGUUCAGUCUUCUACCUGGUGCACCAUGCCUAUAUGUCUCUUUCAACAAAGGAAAAAGGAACGUUUGCAAGGGACCCUUCAAGAACUCCAGGAUUGGGUGCUAGUGGGGCUGUGACUGCUAUCAUGCUGCUCGAAAUAUUCUUGAAUCCAAGAGCUACUAUUUUGCUCAACUUUUUCAUACCAGUUCCUGCCAUCUUGCUGGGAAUCUUCGUGAUUGGGAAAGAUCUGUUGAGAACAAUAGAGGGAGACGAUAAAAUCUCCGGAUCAGCACACUUGGGGGGUGCUGCAGUUGCAGCAAUAGCAUAUUCUCGAAUUAGGAGGGGACGCCUUUGAAUUCUUGAAAUGUAGAGAAUUCUUGAGAGAGAUGUUAAAACUUCUAAUCUCAGCUAGACUAUCUCCUUAGUUUUCAAUCACAUGAAAAAUUUCUUCCAAUCCAAUUGCUUCUGUCUUGGGUUGAACUUAAUGUUUGAUUGUGAUUUAACUUAUAUAUAUAUAUAUAUUCCUUAAAUUUUUCAUUUAUA